UUUAGCGAAUCAAAACAGAAUGGAGCGUUAUUCGAGACGCUGCAAUAAACCUGUGUUUAUUUACAAGAAAGAUGUUGACAUUUGAAGAUGGUGUUUUACUAUGGUAGAAACAUGUAUAUGGAACCAGGAUAAAGGUUCGAUUCAUGCGAGAAAUUAUUAUUAAGUGUUAAAUCAUGGAGCUAAAUUGGGUGACAUUCGCGCACCUUACUUUCUGUUUAUAUCUAAUAGUUUUGUGUAACGGUGCCAAAGUUAAUUUAGGAGAAACUGAUAUUUUGAUUGUAAACCGGCCGGUUUCAGUUUCAUUCGGAAGAUCAGUGACAAUAAACCCACUAACUGAUCUGAGAAUUAAUGUUCGACCAGGGGACACGUGUGUAGUGACAUCUCUAGAUAGAAAAUGGGAUUUAACAUUCAAACCUGGAACACUUAGUGCUUCCGAAUUCCCGUGCAAUUUUGGGACAUCUGGCUUAAAAUAUACUCAUUUUGGAAGUCGAAGAUUGUCAACUGAUGUUAUUCAAUUGUUGUUGAGAUAUGAUUCUGCCACUCAAACCAUAAUCAUUCCAUUCAGUUUAGUGAUAAAUAUUAAUUUUAAACCACUGGAGAUAAUUACACACAUGAACACAAUAUCUGUCAUUCGCCAUUUAGGAUUGAGUACACCUAUAGACUCUAGAACAUUGAAGUUUACGGUACAAAGUAAAGAGGAAACAGUGUGUAAAUUAAGUGUAAUAAGUCGGUCUAGCGGCCUACCUCAAUAUGGAUAUUUAUCAAACAGCAGUUUACCUUUAACAAAUAUGGACUGCAAUGAAUUUCUAAAUCUAGGAAUACGUUACAAACACCAUGCCCAGGUCAGUGCACCAAAUAUAGAUUUCAUUCCAAUGACAGUCCAGUUAUUGAGAAAAAAUGGAGAUUUACUAAAACAGGAAUAUUUUCAAGUAAAAGUAGAAAUUGUAUCUGGACAAGAGAACACUGCACCAGAGCCAAGUAGAGAUGCCUUGUUUAUUAUGGAUUCUAUCAACCAAUUUGUUAUGACAGCAAUUACCCCAGAGAUUAUUUCAGCUUAUGAUGCCCAAACCCCUUCAGACAAACUUUUAUUCAACAUAACACAAUACCUUGGUCCUGGUGAAGGAAUAAUAGUUAAUACAGACAAUCGAAAUAUUCCAAUUCAUUCUUUUUACCAGCAUGAAAUUAAUGAUCUCAAAAUUGCCUACAAGCCGCCAAGUUCAGAUUCAAAUAUCAAACGACUGUUUCAGACUGAGAUUACAAUAUAUGACACGGAUGGUCUCGCAUCCGACCCAAUCCCCCUCAUGAUAGUUGUUGCACCAAUGAAUACCUAUGCUCCAGUAGUAACAACAAAUACAGGAAUUCAACUAACCGAAGGGGAAACUCGUGCAAUUAAAAGUCCAAAUUCUUUAGAAAUAUCUGAUGAGGAUGAUUUAGAUGAUGUGAAAAUUUAUCAUAUAGAUGGAAUGAAGCAUGGUCAUCUUGUACUGCCACCAGGAAAAAAAUAUUUUACGCCUUCAGAUUUAGAACAAGGGUCGGUUGUCUACCAUCAUGAUGACAGUGAAAGCCUAAGUGAUAAUAUUAUUUUCCGUAUGUCAGACGGGAGCAAUGAAGUUGAGUUUUUAUUUCCUGUCACAAUUUUCCCAAAAGACGACCUUCCUCCAACCCUAAAUGUGAAUACAGGAUUAGAACUGAGAAAAGGUGAUGUUGUUGAAAUAAGUCAAUUUAUUCUAAGUGCAACUGAUACUGAUACUGCAGAUGAAUCUAUUAUCUAUAAUAUUAAAGCUCCUUAUUCAAUCAUGGGAGUUAUAAAUAAAAGACAAUUCCAAAUGCCAAAUGAUGUUGAAAAAUGGGAUUAUGAAAAUGGAAUAUAUGCCAAAGUUGUCACUAAUUUCACUCAGAAGGACAUUGUUGAAGGUAAAAUAUUUUACAAUCAUGUUGGUGACCAUAUAUCCGAUAUUGUUACAGAUAAAAUAAGAAUCAGUCUUUCUGAUAGUGGUAACCCUCCAAAUAUCUCGCCGGAAUAUGAAUUAAUCGUAAAAAUCCACCCUGUUGAUAAUAUUCCUCCAUAUUUAUAUCCUAAUACCCAACUACAGCUGGAAGUUGAAGAAAAUGAGAUGGUUCAUUUUCGUAGAAAGACAUUAAGAUACGCAGAUGAUGACACAAAUGAUCGCGAAAUCAAAUAUCAAAUAACACGUCCCCCUUAUGACACUUACACUGGCGGCCCUGGGGAUGCUGGGAAGAUUGUUUAUUGCGAGGAUCCUUAUCGUGCAAUAAUCCGGUUUGUACAAUCUGAAAUAAAUCACUACAAGAUAUGUUUUCAGCCCCCAUCAGUAGAGCUUGGUCUUACCACUAGAAUUAUUCAGUUUGAUUUCAGUGUUGAAGAUACAUCGGGAAAUGUGCUCCGCAAUCAGCAAUGUAAAAUAAUCAUUAAACCAAUCAAUAAUCAACCGCCAAUUAUAAAAAAUACUGGAGUUGUCAUAUUUGAAAAUGAUGAAAUUCUUAUAACUUCUGAAAUGUUUGACAUUGAAGAUAGGGACACCGAUUUAACUGACAUUAUUAUAAUAGUAAGAGUUGUUCCAGAUCAUGGUGGUCUUUAUAAAGAAGGGAGAGAACUGUCUGUUGGCGAUGUGUUCAAAAUGAGUGACAUUAUACAAAGACAUAUAAUGUACAAAAAUUAUGGGGAAAGUGUUGAGGUUUUUGAAGAUAAGUUCGUACUAGAAGUAACUGAUGGUGUUCAUUUUAUACCAGGAACAUUUAAAAUAAAGAUAAGACCUAUUGAUGACGAGCCAGCGUACUUUGAAGGCACGGCUGAUUCUAGUACUCUAAAUAUACAGUUAGAUGUUAAUGAAAAACAAAGCGUAACAAUACAGCAAGACCAGUUUAAAAUUCGUGAUCCUGAUUCAGAUGUCAUGAAUGUGAUGUAUCUUAUAAAUAAAUACCCCCAACAUGGAAGCAUUCUUAAGAAUGGUCGUAGAGUCAGUUAUUUUUCGCAGAGAGACAUUUGGCGUGGAACUGUCACUUAUCAACACUCGGGUGACGAAAUUGGGCUUAAUGAAACUUUGGAUCAGGUUCAACUAGGAGUGCAUGACAAUAAUAGAAUAGUUCUUGAAGAUGGAACUAGAUUAAAGGACAUUUAUAUAUAUAUCAAAAUUUUUCCAGUGAAUGAUGUUGCACCUGUAAUUACAACAGGUGAAAAUCUAAAUGUUUUAGAAGGUGGUAAAGUAACAAUUUUACCAACAAAUUUUGAUAUUCAAGAUUCUGAUACUAGAGAAGAUGAAAUUAUUUGCAUGAUUAAUGAGCAGGCAAAACAUGGAUUUCUAGAAAAUAAAGCCCCACAACCUGGCUCAGAGAAAUCCAGGGAAGGUUUGCCAAUUUCAGCUUUUUCAGUUAAAAGUUUAAGACAAGGGGACAUUUCAUAUGUUCAAAGCGUUCAUAAAGGUGUUGAACCAAGAGAAGAUCAGAUAAAGCUGCAAUGUUCCGAUGGAAUUAAUUUAUCAAAUUCAAACAAGCUUCAUAUUGUAAUUCACCCAGCAAAUGAUGAAGUGCCAGAGGUUUAUAUUCGCGAAUUUAUAGGAUCUGAGGGUAUGGAAAUACGUAUAGAUUCACCCAUACUAAAUGCAGUGGACAAAGAUGAACCACCAGAUACGUUGAAUUUCAUCAUUACAAAACAACCAACACAUGGAAAAAUAUUCCAACAAACUAUGAGUGGCGAUCUUCUUGUUAAUAACUUCACACUUGGCGAUAUUGAGAAAUUUUCAACCAUUAUUUAUGAGCAUGAUGAUUCCGAAACAGAAUCGGAUCAUUUUGAAUUUGUCCUCACUGACGGUGUACACAAUAUAUCAAAAUCUGUUCCAAUUAUCAUUUUUCCUGUAGAUGAUGAAACCCCUAGACUUAAGAUAAAUAAUGGAAUUGAAAUAGAAAAUUUAGGCGAUCGAAAAGUCAUAACAAAUAAAGAUCUUUUGGCCGAGGAUAUAGAUUCUUACAUUGGAAAUAUUACUUAUAUUAUAAGAAGAACUCCUCAGCAAGGGUACCUGCAGAAAAGAUUCAGGAAUUAUGAAAGAAAUCUUACACUGGGAUUAAAUUUCACUCAGAUGGACAUAGAUCGCCAAGUCAUUACUUACAUUCACACUGGUCAGGAAGUGAAAAGGGACGUAAUAAAGUUUGAAGUUACUGAUGGACUUAAUCCUUUGAUAGAUCGCAAUUUCUACAUCACAAUUCAAGGAAUGGAUAUCAUCUACCCGGAAGUUUUUAAUCGCGGAGUUGAACUGCCUGAGGGUGGCAUGGUUGUCUUGACAACUGACAUUAUAAGUGUCACAGACAUUGAUACUCCUGAUGAAAAACUCAGAUAUACAGUUACAAAGCCCCCACAGCAUGGAAUGUUAGAAUAUGUUGUACGUCCAGGCAUACCAAUUCUAACUUUUAGCCAACUUGACCUUGUUGCAAGUCGUGUCAGAUAUGUUCAUAAUGCUGAAGAUGAAAUGAAAAUGGACAAUUUUGAGUUUGAAGUAACAGAUGGAUUUAACCCUGUGUCACGUUCAUUUAGAAUUGCUUUAACUGAUGUAGACAAUAAGAGACCAGUUCUUAUGUUUACAAUGCUAAGAUUAACAGAAGGGUCCAAUAAAACUAUUACUCCAUACGAAUUAAAGGCUGUUGACCUGGAUACACCAGAUGAAAAAAUAAUUUUUACAAUUACUCAGGUCCCAUUACAUGGAAACUUACUGUACAAUUUUUCCAGAAUUGUGUCAAGAUUUUCGCUUAAAGACAUACACGAGAAACAGAUUUCCUACCAGCAUGAUGGGACAGAGACUUUAUCCGACAGUUUUACUUUUACUGUUACGGACGGUACACAUGUACAGUUUUAUAUACCUGGUUCUAAUAUACCAACACGUCGCCCUCAGGAAAUGGAUAUUGAAAUCAUUCCAGUAGACAAUCGGGUCCCUCAGAUGUCGGUCAAUACUGGGGCAACAUUUCUUACCCCGUUAGACGUAGGUCUUGGCUUUCAGUUUACAAGUCGAUGUUUGCAGAGCGAAGAUUAUGACAGUCCUGAUGACAGUCUGAAGUACACUGUGACAGUUCCACCAAAACAUGGGUACAUACGUAACAUCCGGAGAGGAAAUGGAGGCAUGGUCAUGUGGAAUCAAGGUGACAUAAAAAGACAAGAAAUACAGUAUAUACUGAAUCCUGGAGAGAAUGCCAGCUCUGACAGUUUCUUCUUCAAGGUUUCUGAUGAAGGUGGGAAUUCCUUGAAGAACCAGCCAUUUCACCUAAACUGGGGAUGGAUCUCAUUCAAGCAUGCCAGGCAAACUGUUAACGAGACACAGGGAACACUUCUGGUCAUGCUCCAGCGGCGUGGAUUCCUUGCUGAAACUUCCUUUGUCACCAUCAAUGUAACUGAGAGAACAGCAAGCAUUGGGAAAGAUGUUUCCAGACAAUAUUCCGAGCAAGUACAGUUUAAUCCAGGUGAAACAGUGAAGCCAUGGAGUUUACGUCUCAGAAAUGAUGAUAUUUAUGAAAGAGAAGAGACCCUGAUUCUUCAGAUGACAGACCCUGUUUCUGCUGUCCUUGAAUACCCUGAUGUUGCCAUGAUUACCAUUGUGGAUCCUGAAGAUGAGUCAACAGUUUUCUUUCCUGAAGUUUUAUACAGUGUAGAAGAAAAGACCUCCAAGUUGGAGAUCCCAAUAUUCAGGACUGGAGAUUUGUCAGACGAAUUUAUGGUCAUAUGUUAUACAGCAGAAGGCACAGCUAGAGGAACACCGCCCAAUAAGGUCCAGUCCUAUUCUGACUACAUCUCCAGACCCAAGGACCACAACAGUAUGAUCCGAUUUGAUAAAGGAGAAGACAAGAAAAUGUGCACAGUCACAAUCAUUGAUGAUACACUGUUUGAAGAAGAAGAAAGAUUUUCAUUGGUUCUUGUUCAGCCAAUGGGAGGCAAGAUAGGGAAUAAAAGAGAGACAGUGAUUGUGAUUGGACAAGACCCAGUUGAUGAGCCGAAGUUUUACUUUGAUCGCGAGCAUUAUCAUGUAGACGAGGGUGUUGGUACGUUUGAGGUUAAAGUAUGGAAGACUGGAACAGACCUCAGUAGACCUUCUAGUGUUACUGUUAGAUCAAGGAAAACUGAACCGAUGUCUGCUGAAGCCAGUACAGACUAUAUCCCAGUCGUUAGAAUAUUAGACUUUGCCCCUGGAGAAAUGACUGAGACCUUGAGUGUCACCAUCCUAGAUGACCUUGGUCAUCCUGUCCUUGAGGGAUCAGAGAAGUUUGAGCUUCAUCUAAGGAUGCCCGUAGGAGGGUCUAUAGGAGAACCAAGUGUGGCCAUCAUCACCAUAAAUGACUCAUUGUCAGAUUUACCAAAGAUGGAGUUUGCUGAUGUGGAAUAUGAGGUGUUGGAGCGUGAGGAAGAGGUGGUUGCUAAGGUUACCAGGUCAGGUGACAUCAGUCAGGAAUCUUACGUUAGAUGUUAUACUAGACAGGCCUCGGCUCAAGUUGAUGUAGACUACAUAGAGAGACCAGACACUAACAGUUCUUUUGUUUUCUUCAAACCAGGGGAAGGAGAAACUGAAUGUAGAGUGAAGAUCAUUAAUGACAGGCACAAUGAAAAAGAGGAAAGUUUCCGUCUUGUACUUGGAACACCAGGUGGCGCUAUGCCAGGGGGAGCAACUCUUGGAGGGCAAAUAACAACGAAAAUUGUGAUUCAUGAUCCAGAUGAUAUUGCUGUGAUAAAGUUUGACAAGAGUCAGUACACAGUGAACGAGCCGAUUAUUCCCGGUGAUGUCAACGUUUUACGUGUACCAGUGAUACGUCUAGGUGACACGUCGGGAACGUCAGAGGUCAGAGUGUCAACGAAGAGUGGCAGUGCAAGUGCUGGUCGAGAUUUCAAUGGGCAUUCUAUAUUGUUGAGAUUUGAGCCUGGUAUAGAACAGCUGUUUGCAGAGAUUGAGAUCAAUUAUGAUGGGGAGACUGAAAACAGUGAAAGUUUCUCCUUACAUCUGUCACAGGACCGCAACAUGAUCGCAGAAGUACAUCACAACAGUAAAGCUACAGUUUAUAUUGAAGAAAACAGCAAGUUUAUAAAUGUUGUAUUCCCUGUACCACCAUUGGUUGUCUCUCUUCGUGAUCUUGAUCAAGUUGGUCGUGCUAUGAACAUGAAGCCUAUAAAUGGAUAUCCACUUGUCUGUGUGUCACCAUGCAAUCCAAAACAUCCAAAAUACAAGGAGGUAAAGCAGAAGUGUUCUGAGAUAGACAAUAAAUUAACAAAGUUCAGGUGGCGAGUUGGACCUCCAGAAGACGAGAAUGGAGUUUUUGGAAAUAUGAGAGAUCUUGAAACCGAUACAGCCUUCACAUCAACAAGGGGCAUCACUCUAGACAGCAUUUAUUUUACAAGAGGGAGCCAGGUAAGAUGUUUUGCUAGAGCUGUAAAUGAGGCAGGGGAACCAGGAAGGGAAAUUGGAAGUCCUGUUGUUACCGUUGAUACAGAGGAAGGGAAGUGUCUGCCUAGAACCCGUGGUGCUGUUGGGGCUGAUCCAUUUACAGCUAGACUUUGGUAUACAGGAACAGAUGAUAAGGACCAACCCAAUACUGUUCGUCUGACAGUCCAGGUUCCACAUACAGAUGGAAUGUUCCCUGUCAUCUCAACAAGAAGAUUGUCAAACUUCCAGUAUGCCUUGAGUAAGGAUGCUUACCGUAUGGAACACCCGUGUUCCAAUCUCCUCGAUAUAGAUAAAAGGUCAACAAAGUACGGAUUCAUUACAAAUGGAACGAGGAAGUCAAAGUAUAUAACAGAUUCAGAACUGUAUGAGCUGGAUGAAAAUUAUAGACCUCAGUCUACACUCAGAUUUUACAAAAAUUUGGAUCUGGACUCUUGUGUUUGGACAUUUGAAUCAUACUAUGAUAUGUCCGAGCUGGUGGACCCAUGUCAGGCAAUGAUACAGGCUGAAGCCCAGUUUAAUAAGAGUAAUACAAUAAAAGUACAGGAUAUCAGACAUUCUUAUGUUUCACUAAAGCUGCCGUUGUUUGUGUCCUACGUCUACUUCUCACCAGAACUCUCCUAUAGGUGGCGCCACUUUGACCUCAACACAGAGUUGAACCUGAAGUUUGUUUAUAACACUGCUAUAUUGUGGCAGGAAGGGAUUAGUACUAUACAAGAAGAGACUGACAUAGAAGCUCACCUUUACCCCACUAGCAUGAGAAUAAAGGAUGAUGGGAAACUUGUUGUUGGCUUUAAAACUGUAGCCAACUUUAGAGGACAAUUUAUACUUUUUCAAUCAGGGGCAGACAUGUCUUCUUCAGUCAAGUUACCAGGGCAACCAGAUAUUGCUCUGACCUUGAGAUUGGUACGCAGUGACUCAACCUAUGAUCAGCCAGAACAACUUUGGGAAUUUGUAUCAAGUAAAGCUAUUCAAGAUUUUUCAGGAGAUUACAAGGUCAGUCUUAUACCUUGUUUUGCAACCUUGACCCAGAAAUACUCUCUACCACUGAAGUGUACUCCCAGAACUCCUAUGACCUUUGAUCUACCAAUCAGAUUCCAGCAAGUGAGUGACCCAGUGGCAACAGAGUUCAGUCUGAAUACAGAGUUUUACCUUGUACGUAAGAAAGACGUGUGGUUGUCUGACAAUAUACAAGGGUUAGGUUUGAGAGAGGAAGAUACAGCCUUUGCUCCUGGUGAUACUAUUUAUGGGAGAGUGAAUGUGGAUACAGUUCAGUCACUAGGCAACCAGUUUGUUCUCAAUAUAGAGAAAGUGUUUCUAUGUUCCGGUAAAGAUGGUUACAUUCCAAGAUACGAUCCUGAUAACGGAGAGUAUGGCUGUGUUGGGGAGUCGAAAAACCUUGACACUACCUAUAGAAUUGUGGACGCUGAGGCCCCAUACACUGUAGAUACAGAUAUCAAAGGUGUUCCAUUUAAUGCAAUGCCAGCUAAGGAAGAUAGUAAAGCUGUAAAACUAGUACUACAAUCAGGAGCUGAUGGUUUCUCCUUUGAUUCUAAACCAUUGUUCCAGGUUGAUGCUGGUAAACAGUGGUUCUUACAUAGCAUCUAUUCAAUAAGAUCUCGAAGUAGCAAAUCAAAGAGAGAUGUUCAUGAAGUUAAAGUACACAACAUGUUAAAACGAUCUCAGACAGAUUUAUCCGACAUUGGCAAUGGUGAGAAGGGCACAAACAUGGCCCCAUUGAUUUUAAAUUUGAAUGGGAAAUCCAUUUCUGAUGACACUUAUAAAUCGGAUAAGAUUCAAGAAAGUGAGGAAGGUCAAACACCACUAAUAGCUGUGUUAAUUGGUGUAGGAAUACUACUGCUGAUAGCAAUAUUCAUUCUUGUGAUAUUUAUACGUCAUCGGCGAAAAAGGACGUCGCCACCUCCGACCCCGUCAGGGACUAUAACUGUGAUGUCAACUUCACCAGGUCAUACACGCGUCAUAUCAAAUGCUCAUAUAUUUAAGAAAAAUGAUCUUUCAGAAGUGUAGAUUAUGCAGAUAUGUGUUAUAAGUUAUAACUUAUUAUUGUUACCAUUAUGUAAUACUGCGAGAAAAUAUUAUAAACUAAAAUCUGAUGUUAUCUGCGGCUUCUACAAUAAAAACAUUUCACAGAAUAUACAUUUAAUGAUAGAAUCUCUACAAUAUCUCAGAACCAUUUUUUGUUGGAAAUGUUGAUGUAUCAUUAGAUGUAUAGUGAACAUUGUUUUGUAAAUUGCUGAUAUACGAGAAGCUAGUUUGCGAUGUUAGGAUAAGAUGAAAAAAUUUUAAUCAUUAAAUCAUUUGUUAUAAAACAUAUUCAUCAAAUCAUUUAUAAAUGUGUUAUCAGUUUAAUAUAUGCAUAUCAUGUGACUACAAUAAAAGUAGUAUUGUUAACCCUUAACAUGCUGAAUAUUUUAAAUGGACUUGUCCCACUUCCAUUUUUGGGACUGUCCAUUAUCAAUUUUGAAUAUUUAAAGUUUGUCAGCCAACAGUAUAGAGCCUGGUCAGACUGCACGGAUGUGAGGGCUGGCCUGGCUCUAUACUGGUGGCAAAGGCUUAACGCUUUCGGUUCCAGCACUUUAAGGGUUAAAAGUAAGUAUGUAAGUGAAAGUUGAAACAUUUAAUCCAGGGUCCUUUGUUUUAAUGCUACAAUCAAACUUUUAUUUACUAUGAGUUGCAUGAUAUUAUGUAUGUAUUCUCAGUGAAUUGCCAAAAAACAUGCUUAAAUUUAUUUUUAUUUUCACUGCAAUUUGUCUUAAGAUACACUAAGAAUUUAUGUUAGUUUCCUCCCUAAAUUGUCAAAAAUUAUGGUUUAUUUUGUUUGUUUGCUUUAUUUUUACAUAUCAUGUAUUAUUAACUGAUAUUAUUUAAUAACAUUGGGAGUUGAAUCAUACCUGGACCAUAUGAGAUUAUGUAUCAUAUUAUAUGUAAUAUACCUAUAUACAUACAUGUUGCCAUAAUUCAUUAGCAAUCAAGUUGUAUUGUAUAAACAUUAUCCUGUAUUAAAAAGCCAGUUACCAUUGUCUAUAUGUGCAAUAUAUAUUUUAGUAGAUAUUUUAGUUAGAUAAGGCCAGUAUGGCCAAAUUAUUGAUAUUUGUGACAGUCAUAUUAAUUUUGUGACACAGUCAUUUUGCGGCACAGUCAUAUUUGUGACACAGUCAUAUUUGUGACACAGUCAUAUUUGUGACACAGUCAUACCUAAAGUGAGGAAUCUGGUUGUAUAAUAUUAACUUAUACAUUAAAGUAGGUCUACUCAGUUUUGUCUUUUAUGUGGAUGGCGAAACACCAGUAGGAAUGGUGUUAUUUCAUGUUGGUUAUAUUGAUGAGACUAAACUAAACUGGAGUUAAAAUUUGUGGCAGAUCUUGGACUGGUAUAAGUUGUCAUUUACCUAUCACAUAAAUAACACGAGAAUCUUCUAUUCAAGUAUAUGUUAAUAGACAUAACAUCAUUAUAUCAUUUGUGUGUGCUAAAUGUUUCUUGUGGCAUGAUACUGUAACAUGUUUUAUAUCACCGUGAUUUUUUCAUAAUCAUACAUGUACUUGCAGAACUUAUUUAUGAUAAUAAGGAGGAAUACAUGUAUAAAAAUAUAUAUCAAAUAUGUUGACUGUCAAAGUAAAAUUAAUGUAAUAAUGAUUAUUUUGACAAGUUUUAAAAAUAGUUAAACUGGCUGUUUUAAAAAUAUACUAACAGUUUAACUACUCAACCAUAUGUCAGAUCACCUAUAAGACGGGGGUCUGUAUUUUAUAUUAAAUUAGGCGUUAUUUUUUAUUUGACUCAUACAUUUAGGGUAAAAUAGAAUUGUUUGUACAAGAAUGAUUGAUGUGCUAGUCAUUGUAGAUAGCUCAAAUAAUGCUCACCUUAAUUAUCUGAAUUAUUGAUUUGUUACAAUGAACAUAAUUGUUUCUCUAAUGAGUUUUGUUAACUUUAAUGAAAUGUUUUAUGAUUUUACUGUAUUUACAAGUGUGAUAAGUCUAUACUUGGCUUUAUCAUAAAACAUUGAUUUUUACUUGUUAUUUAAACAAGAGUUAAAAUAAUUAUGCAGACUAUUUCGAUUUUUACUCGAUUAUGAAUAUGAUUUGUCACUUAAUUAAACUGACAAUUCUGACAAAAGUCUGAGAGUUAUUGGGUUACAAGUGUCUUGCCACAAGACCUUGACCUGCUAUGAAUUUUUGACUCAUAUUUCCAUGCGUUGCAUUUAUUUGUAACCUUCAGUGUAUAUUCAAAAUUUAUAUUGACCAUAUUCUGUAGAACAUUAAUUUCUUUGAAAAAAAAAAAUUCUUGGCCCAUGAACGAAAAUCAUCUGCUUGUUUUAUAUGAAUUUAUGUAAUUUUUGUUAAUAUUAAAGACAAGGGUUAUAAGUUUAUUACUAAUUAAUAGCCUUAUAAUCUGAUAUAAGAAGGGUUUUUUAUUUUGUCAGGGUUAUUCAAGUUUUUUGGCUUUUUCUCAGAUUUGUUUUGUAUUUGUUUUAUUUCUGUGUGUACAAAAUAACAUUUUAUAUAUUUCUAAUAUAAUGGAAUAUUUGCUUGUGCCAAGGAAAUUUACAAUUUGCCAGUUAAUCAUUGCAGAUUAAUCGUUUUUAUUUGAGUAUUAUUAUUACUGCACACUUAUUCAACUACUUGAACUAAAACAGCUUUUUAUUUGUUUGAUUUUAUGAUUUAUGUUCAGAAAUAAAAGAACAGGUUUCUUGUAGUUUUAGAUAUAAGUGAUACGAUGUUUUCUAACACAAUGCAGAUUAUUUUUAAAAUGAAGGUAUAUAUUUAAAAAAUAUUACUGAGUUGUCAAUGUUGAAAAUCAUUAGUUUCUCUCUAUAUUCAUAAACAAUCUCUGUUUUAGAAACUAUAUUUAUAAACAAUCUCUGUGUGAGAAAUUAUAUUCAUAAACAAUCUGUGUGAGAAACUAUAUUCAUAAACAAUCAAAGAGCCUUUUAGCAUUCAGGAAUAGCUUUAUCAUAGUGUAAUCAUUUUACAAAUAAUAGUGUAUUAAGUAUGAUAUUAACCAGCUUGAUAUAAAUAUAGUAUAACACACAUUUUCAUGCUUUUGUGUAUAUAUUUUGUGACAAUCUCAUUUGUGUUCAUUUUAAUACAUCAGAUUUUUUGUUUAUUUUUGUUUAUUGUAAAGGUUUUUGUUAUAAUGUUUAAUUUUUUGUCCAUGUUUCACGAGUGUUGAAAUCCAUAAGACAUGUGUAGAUGCUUUAUACAUGAAUGUAAAGCUAUUGCUUAAGAAAUAUGCAAUAAGAAUGUUAAUAUCUGACUUGUCAGUCAGUUAAUACUGCAUUAUAAUCUGUUUACUCAGUGAAACACUAAGGGAGAUAAUAUAGAGGGUCUAUACCACAAUAUAGAGCUAGGUCUGUCUGUAUUUUUGAGCAGCCAAACAACUUUUUAUAUUGAUAUAGAAGUUUUGUUGUAUUAUGAUAAUAAUUAUUAUAAAAUCGACAGUUUCUGGGUUCAGAUUACACAGAUGUAGCAGGUUUACGGUUAAGACUGACCUGCUGGCCAGAGCUUGCCAGUAUUUAUAUAUUAGUUUAUGUUAUGUUUUUAAUUUUUGCUUUGUAUUUACUUAUGUUAUUGCCUAAUUUUUGCUUGUUUGAAAAUAUUCCAGGAAGAAUUUCUUUUUCAGGAAAUCUCAAUUUUUAUAAACUUUUUCUACAGGUUUAUGCAUAUUAAAUAGCUUCUUUUUGCAAGAUUGCUUUUGCAAAGUUUUUAUUUGUUUGCUUUCACUCGCUGGUAUGUCAUUUAUUUUAAAAGGGUCAAAACUAUUUCAUAUUGAAAUAUUUACACAGGUUAUGUGAGUUUAUAAUUUACUCACCUCAAGACUGUUCAGAAUAUUUGACUUGUAUAUAGAAUGUAUGAACGAGAAAAUGAAUGUAUAUUUUAGCAUAAAAAGUUGCAUAGAAAAUCCACAUAUGUAUUUAGUGGUUAUAACCAAUUGUGUAUACUAGAAGUGCUGUUUUUCAAGAAUUGAUUAUUUUGUAUAACAGUUAUGAUAACUUGUAUUACAGUAUGUAUAAUUAUUAUUGUAUGACUGUAGAUGAUCGAGGCUUGAUGCUGUUGAUUUAUUGUUUUACAGUAUUUGAUACUCAAUGCUUUUUUUGAUAUGUUUAUGCCAUUUUUUAAUACAAAACAUAUAUUACAUUGCCUGCAUUCCAAAAAGGUCAUAAUAAAACAUGAAAAAUUU